AUGCCGCUUUUAAUAGGAGGAAAAGAUGUGAAUUGGCGUGAAACAAAGCAAAAAAUAAAUAUCAAUGUGCAUUUUCGAACUCGAGUAGAAGCAAAAGUUUCGGUUCUUGCAACAAGCAAAUAUUUAAAAGUAAAUUCCUCACCUUGGUUUUGGGAGUGUUUUUUGGCCGCCUCCGUAGAUCCGUGUUUCAGCGUCGUGAGAAUUGACAACGAUACCGUCUCGUUUGAACUUAGGAAGAAGAUCCCAGCACAUUGGAAUCAGCUGGAAGAUUCCCGAAAAGACGAUGCCCAGUUCUGCAAAGAGCAAAGAGAAGCUGCUUUUGAAGAACAUCAAACAUGGCUGCAGGAAAAUCAGGAAUCAAAGUCGAAAAAACAACGUGAAAUUCAUCAAGCAAGCGUACGUAAACAAAUGGACCUGGAAGACCGGGAAAGGAAGGCAAUUGAAAAGCAAAAAAGAAUCGAAAAUGAGAGAGUUGCUUUAGAAAUUAAAAAGGUCGAUUUGGAACUGAAGAAGGCACAAAAAAUUUCUCAACAGAAGGAUGAAAUCCUGAGGAAGAUGAAAGCGAUUCCACCAACUCGAACUCCCGGUCAUAUAACCGUAAAUUUCACGCCACGGGUCUUCCCGACCGCCGCCAGAGAGUCUCAGGAACCUGAAGAGAAGGAGUGGCUGGAAAAGCAAACCGCUGCAGCAGUUAGUUUGGAGCUGGAUUGUACAGAUUUGUCUCCCAAAGAAAAAAAUCCGGAGUGGUUAAAAGAGAAAGCAGAGUCUUUGUAUAAAAAGGGAGAUAACAGAGGAUCUGUUCAAGCUUACUCCUUGGCCAUUCGAAUGUGUCCUAACUUGUACAGCUUGUACUUGGGUCGAUCUGCUUGCCACCUCAACUUGAGAAAUCUGCAUAAGUGUAUUGAAGAUUCUUCAAAGGCAUUAGAGUUGCUACAACCUGCAGUUUCAUCGAAUACUAAGGAUCGUAAAGAAGCUCAUCGAAUACGUGGCUUGGCUUUUCAUCAGUUGAAUCUACCUGUUGAAGGUUUGAUGGACAUAGAAGCAGCUCUGAAAAUAGAUCCUGAUGAUGAUGAAUUGAAGAAGAAUGCUAGAAUUUUACGAGAACUUGUGGAAAAUUCACAUUGAAAAUGGUUAAAAUUUCCUGAACAAUAAAGUUUUUUC